GAAAAAGAAAGUGCUGUAGUCGACGCAGGGAAGUUUCACUCUCUUUUAAAAUAACACAUCAAUCGAGUGCGUGUUUUCGUUCUCUACAGAGAAACAGAGAGAGAGAGAGAGACCAUUAAAAAUUAGCAGAGAGAGAGAGAGAGAGGAAGAGCAAUGUCAGGAGGUAUAGCGAGAGGUCGUCUAGCUGAGGAGCGAAAGGCUUGGCGUAAAAACCAUCCUCAUGGUUUUGUAGCGAAGCCGGAGACACUGCCAGAUGGAACGGUAAAUUUGAUGGUGUGGCAUUGCACUAUUCCUGGAAAAUCUGGUACUGAUUGGGAGGGUGGUUAUUUUCCGCUUACACUCCACUUCAGUGAAGAUUAUCCAAGCAAGCCGCCAAAGUGUAAAUUCCCUCAAGGUUUCUUUCAUCCAAAUGUCUACCCGUCAGGAACUGUUUGCCUGUCAAUCCUAAAUGAAGAUAGUGGGUGGAGACCAGCCAUCACAGUUAAGCAAAUUCUAGUGGGCAUCCAGGAUCUUCUGGAUCAGCCAAAUCCUGCUGAUCCUGCACAAACUGAAGGUUAUCAUCUCUUUAUCCAGGAUGCUACUGAGUACAAGAAAAGGGUACGCCAGCAAGCUAAGCAAUACCCUCCUCUCGUCUGAUGUGAAAACUAUUUCUAGGAACUACUGGUUCUUGGUAACUGUUAGUUGUCCUACAACUGUGUAAUGUUAAACUAGCUUUUGCUGGAAAUUCUUGGCACUUGGUAAUUUUCUGUGGCCUUUAUGUGUGACUGCAUGGUGGAACUGGCAUUUUAGCUCCGCAAAUUUGGGUUUAACUUUUGUUGAUAUGUUACAGUAUACCAGUCUGUCGGUGUUACUCAUUGGUGUUUAUAUCAGUUAAAUGUCUAACAUUGAACUUAUAAGUUAAUUGGAUUUUGUUUCA